CCUUCACAGCACGGCACGCGAUUGCUGAUAAGGAGUACUGUUUUACUUUUAGAAGCACCAGAUCACCGGAGAAGAAGUCCUAACAAAGCUCUGUUUGCUGAUGCUGCAGGUGUCCAUGAUCUCCGAGAGCAUAGCGAACUGCCCGAGGCUGAAGAUGCUGCAACUUGAGGAAAACUGCCUCCAGAUCAACUCCAUCCCGACGCAGCUGCUGACCAACUCCAAUGUCUCGCUGCUGGCUGUCGAGGGCAAUCUGUUCGAGCUCAAGGACUUGCAGCAGAAGGAGGGCUAUGAGACGUACAUGGAACGCUACACUGCAACCAAGAAGAAGAUGUUCUGAACUUUGGAAGGGAGCGCAGAACCCGCAGCAUUUGGCCAAGAAAGGAUGAGCAUCUGAUCAAGCCCACACUUCCCCUGCAACCCUCACCUAAGGAAGAGAAGGCAGUGCCGUGGACAGAAAGAAAAAAAAAAUUGGCAUCGUCCGGAUAGCCACCUGCCGGAGUAGUCAUUCGAGGAGCAUCCAAGGCAUUGUCGGGAAAGGAAGCACUGUAAUAUGUAGCCUAGAACCGCGCAACGGCUCAGUGUUGUGUAAGCAGACACCGAAGCUGUCACACUUAAAUCGCCUUAUCAGUCACGGUGUUGUGGCUUGUCUAUAUUUAUUAAACGCUCUAAUAUUGUAAAUAACCA